AUGGGAAAAAGGCAGAUUCAUCGGUAUCAGUUAUUCUUCAGCAAUUUAAGCAAACAAAAAACCGAACUGGAGUUGGCUUUAAAACUCUUAGAUUGGUCCAAGGGUUUUAAGGUCAGUGCGAUUCACGAGACCCAUCAUUAUAUCUACAAAGAUCUGGUGGCGGAACUCAACCUUCAAAUGGAUCGUGAAAUGAGCACCAUUAUGUAUAGUUUAACAUGCGAGGAGGCUGAAAAAUUGGAGAUCAUUUGUCCGGAGGGUUAUUAUCUUGAUAAAGUGCGACAGGAACACGCUGAUCUCAUAAACAAUCUGUGGUCAGCUCGGCAUCCCGGAUCCCUAAAACUAGUCGAAAUGCUAAUCACCUAUAAUACCAAUGUGGGUUUAUACGAAAAGGAAUCGGGUUUAUUGUGUGCUUGGUGCUUGAGACUACAAAGUGGCUUUCUCGGAGCUUUGGAAGUAAUCCAAAGCCAUCAACGUCGGGGGUUCGGAUUAGUAGUAGCUGCCGCUAUUUCCAAGGCUAUUGCCACCGAUCUGAAGCAAGAUAUAACUGCCCUGGUUAAUAUGAACAAUAAUGCGGCCUGUCGGGUCUUCGAGAAACUGAAUUUCAAAUUGAUCCGGGGAGAGCACUAUAACUGGUUAAAAGUGGACCUAAUUGAUUUCAUGUGCUCAAAUCGAUUUAGUGGCGUUGCUUUAAAUCUGGACACUGCGGCUUCAGCCGGCCAAUAUACAAAUUUCCCAGUGAUAGUGAAAGACUGUUUAGCGAUUGGUAAGCAGAGCCCUCCGUGUAUUUUGUGGUCACAGCCACCCACUGCAUCAAUGGGAAAAAGGCAGAUUGUAAUUACGUCAAACUAG